UGAGAGCGGUUGAGAGCGCGGUGUUGUGGCUAGCUUGAUAGCAUCGCGUUUGUCAAGGCGGCCUUUCACAGAGAAACUUCAAGUCAUAAAAAAUGUUAGUCCAACUCCAGAAGUGGAAUGAAAAGAAAAGGUUCUGAAAGUGGAAAAACUUAUUCUUAUUAGUUGUUGACGCGCGCACAGCGUACCGGAAGCUGCAGAGUGAAAACGACUUUGACUUCCGCCGGCUCCACAUUGAAGUGACAGUCCUGUUGAAAGUUUGAGGCGAGGAGCUCAUCAGACCUUCUGCACUUUGUGACACUUAACGAGCUGACUGAGAGCAUGCCGCAGCUGGGUCACGUGCUGCUGACCAGCCCCGUGUCCACCUCCACCGUGGAGCGGUCAUACUCGGCUCUGAACGCCAGAACCAGAACCAGUACUGGACCGGAUCGCCUGGGAGCUUUGGUACUGAUGUCCAUAGAGAAAGGACUUGUUUUGGAGCUCAAGUCAAAGGCGAAACUUCACAAGGAAAGACCGAGAAUGGAUGUGGUGUUCAUGUAAGGUCAAAGGUCAGUAAAGGACGGGGCACCGGCGGACAGAGAUGAUGUCCAUGCAAAUGAGUGAGGCGGACAGUAUGGUGAAGGUGGCUGAAUGGCAGCAGACCUACUACGCCUCAGACUCGGGCAUCCAAUCAGGAGCCACCACAGUGCGAGAUGAUGAGAGCAGCACAGAGUACAGUGGCAACAAGAAGUACGGCGGCAGCACGGCAGCCAGCGCUGCUGCCGCUCCUGCUGCUGCUGCUGCUGCUGCUGCAGGAGAAGGAGGCGACGCAGCAGCUGGUGGACAUGAGAGUUCUGCAGAUUUAGAAGCUCAGUAUUCUCUAACACGGGCUCAACGUGUCAGGGCUGCAAUGUUUCCAGAGACCCUGGUGGAGGGAGAGGCUGCCAUGCCCGUCCAACCUGAUCCAUCUCACCAGAGCAACGUACAGCGACUGGCUGAGCCGUCCCAGCUGCUGAAGACAGCCAUCGUCCACCUGAUAAAUUACCAGGACGAUGCUGAGCUGGCAACUCGAGCUGUGCCAGAGCUCACCAAACUGUUGGCGGACGAAGAUCCGGUUGUGGUGAACAAGGCGGCCAUGAUUGUCAAUCAGCUGACCCGAAAGGAAGCGAGCCGGCGGGUGCUGGUGCAGUCUCAGACCGUGGUGGGCGCAGUGGUGCGAGCCAUGACAACAGCAACUGACAUGGAGACGGCGCGCUGUGCAGCCAGUGUGCUCCACAGCCUGUCACACCAGAGGGAAGGACUGCUGGCCAUAUUCAAGUCUGGAGGGAUACCAGCACUGGUUCGCAUGCUCAGUUCACCAGUGGAAUCGGUCUUAUUCUAUGCCAUCACCACCCUCCACAACCUCCUCCUGCACCAAGAGGGGGCAAAGUUGGCAGUGCGUCUCGCCGACGGCCUGCAGAGGAUGGUUCCUUUACUGAAAAAAAGCAACCCCAAGUUCCUGGCCAUCACCACUGACUGUCUGCAGCUCCUGUCCUAUGGCAACCAGGAGAGCAAGCUCAUCAUCCUAGCCAAUGGUGGUCCAGAGGGUCUUGUGUUCAUCAUGAGGAACUACAACUAUGAGAAGCUUCUGUGGACCACAAGCCGAGUUCUCAAAGUGCUGUCUGUGUGUCCUAGCAACAAGCCGGCAAUAGUAGAGGCUGGUGGUAUGCAAGCUUUGGGCCAACACCUCACAGGUUCUAGUCAGCGUCUGAUCCAGAACUGUCUGUGGACACUCCGCAAUCUGUCUGAUGCUGCAACCAAACAGGAGGGGUUAGAUGGUCUGCUGCAGAUACUGGUCACUCAGCUGGGCUCAGAUGAUGUCAACAUGUUGACCUGUGCAACGGGCAUCCUGUCCAACCUCACCUGUAAUAACUCGCGUAACAAGACCCUGGUGACUCAGUAUGGCGGUGUGGAAGCUCUCAUCCAUGCAGUGCUCCGGGCCGGGGAGAAGGAGGAUGUUGCAGAGCCGGCGGUGUGUGCUCUGCGUCACCUCACCUCCAGACACCACGACGCAGAGCUGGCCCAGAAUGCUGUGCGGCUGCACUACGGUAUCCCUGCUGUGGUCAAACUGCUGGGGCAGCCACACUACUGGCCUGUAGUAAAGGCCACAGUUGGUCUAAUCCGGAACCUGGCGCUGUGCCCAGCCAAUCAGGCGCCGCUGAGGGAGGCAGGUGCUAUUCCUCGUCUGGUCAACCUGCUGCUGAAGGCCCAUCAGGACACACAGAGACACGCCUCCUCCACACAGCAGACAUACCAGGAUGGAGUUCGUAUGGAGGAAAUAGUAGAGGGCUGCACAGGAGCUCUCCACAUACUGGCCAGAGACCCCAUGAACAGAGGAGAGAUCGCCAGCAUGCAGACCAUACCAUUGUUUGUACAGCUGCUCUACUCUUACGUGGAGAACGUGAAGCGAGUGUCUGCGGGCGUCCUGUGUGAGCUGGCCCUGGACAAACAGUCUGCAGAGCUGAUCGAUGCUGAAGGAGCAUCGGCACCACUCAUGGAGCUGCUUCACUCCAGCAACGAGGGCAUAGCCACCUAUGCUGCAGCAGUGCUGUUCCGUAUUUCAGAGGACAAGAGUUCAGACUACAGGAAGAGAGUAUCAGUGGAGCUAACACACUCGCUCUUCAAACACGACCCCGCUGCAUGGGAAAUGGCUCACACUGCGGUUCCUUUGGAGCCCACUUACCUAGCUGAUGAUUUAGAUGGUGCUUACCCUCCCUAUGGCUACACUGAUAUGCCCCUGGACACCCUACCACUGGACCCUGACCUCCAUGAGUCCUACAUCCCUGAUAUGACCUAUGACCCCAGACAGGCUUACCCUGAACCACUCUAACAGGAGAACAAAUCAAAGAAGCUGAAAGUGAAAGAGAGAAUGAACAAAACCCAGGAACAAAGACUCAGAGAAAAUGGAUGAUGUUUGGACGACAGAGAAUCUCAAAAAAGGGAAUGAGUUUGCUCCGUCCAAUCCGUGGGAAAAGGAUCACAUUUGGCAACCAAGAACUAUCACACGGGUUGCUUGUUAAAAAGGUUUAUUGUUGCUGUAAAUGAAUAAAAAAUGUAACUUUGUUAUAAUGUUUUACUGAUGAGAUGAAAGUGGAGUUGUUUGAAGUUUUGAGGCACCGUUACAUGGGUAACUUUCUGAAGCAAACAUGUUAGGCAAUAAUCAGUCAAUCCCGUCGCACUUUUCAAACAAAUGAAAUGCCAUUUAGUUUGUGGGACAUACUAAGGACUUUGAUCAUCCACCAAUUUGUUUGAAUUGGUAUUUGCAAAGGUUGGGAAACCAGUAAAAUGCUUUUACUGUAUAUGAAGAGAUGACUUAAAACCUUUUAAAAGAUUUCCACAGCAUUGGUAUUAUGACUGCCAAUCACCAUUGCUACCAAAAGCUACCCGUGUAUCUUAGCCUUAAGAUACUGUCCUUUAGAUGUCUCCUCUGUGUAUUCCAACAGUGCACAUGUCCCAGGGUGUCCAUGUGUGGUUGUUGCAUGGUAGUAUAUUGUGAACUCACUCGAGAUGAUCUUCACCUUUACGUUGUAUGAAAAAGUGACUUGGAUAUUACAAUUCUUUUUGGAUUAUAUUAUGGUGCAGAAAAUGGACCCGGAAUCCCACCAAGUCCCAGCCUCACUUUCACUUCCUCACAGGAAAUGGACUAACAAUUCACCACCCACUUGAUGCCCACAGAUCACGGGUGGAAAUGGACCACAGGUCUCAGAUCUGUGGGUGCCGUGGACGACACUGCAGAGCAACGGUGUGUUCCAUUUGUAGUCGGAACUCAGAAUUUCCAGCUCAGAGCAACCUCACCAACCCUGACAUGGGAUUUCAAUCAUAUGAACACUGAUACUUUUACUGUUAAUAGCACUUGUGUCAUGUUUGUUUCACAGUAAAUCAGUCGUACACAUGGUA